AUUUGCGUCGCCCUGGCGAUGUCAGUGUCCUCAGCCUCUUCUGUUCGAGCACAAACACACACACACACACACACACUGAUGCUGUGCUGAAUAAUCUGGCAGACAGAGGCUGAAAGUCCUUCACAUCGCAUCAAAACAGCAGCAGAGCGACGAGGGCGCGCAUUGUGUUGUUUUGAGGAGCCGCGGGGCCGCGCAUCCUUCACUUUCUCUCAUUCACUCACAGGAAUCAGCAGCGCAUCACGAGGCGGGGCAGAGGCGUCACUGCACAGUUGUCAACAAGCUGAACGUCUGUCAGUCAGGUGAAAGAGAAGAGAAACAUGCGCAGCCGGAUCCCAAGAUUUGUCCUCCACCCUCUGCGUAUUAAAGAAAAGGAGUCAUCAGUGUCCAACAUACCACUUUCAGAGGAAGAGAGCAAGGAUUUCGACAUCAGCUCCCAGCACUCAAAAAGAACCAUCAGUCCGAACAGCCUGUCCUCAGAUGAUACUGGAUGCCCAAGCAGUCAAUGUGCAUCUCCAAGCAAGACUCCCUCCGGCUCUGACAACAGUUCAAUGGCUUCUCCUGGUCUGGGAGAGCGAAAGGUGAAGGUGAAGAGAGUGAGGAUGAAUGUAGAGGCCGAGUGGAGCGCACCGACACAGAAACACAAGAGAGAAAAGCAGCAGCGCACAUCCAUCAUGCAUAAAGGCAGUGAGACAGAUUUCAGCUCAUCAAGCAGCGCCGGAAGCUACAAGACCCGAGAAACUCAGCUCAGCAACUCUGCGGGGAAGAACUUAUCUUCUCGAAGCCGAGGGCCCCACAUCAGGAGCCUGCCCGUGUUCAAGCCCGCAGGAAGCCCCUCCGCUCCUCGUGAUGCAGAGCUUUACGCCCCAAUCAGGACGCCCCCAAAAACACCCUCCUUUACCAGCAGCUGCAGCAACUCCAGCUCUAGCAGAAGGAGGACCACUCCUGUUCGCUAUCAUUCCUGCGGAGACAAUCAUGGCAUCAAGCCUCCCAAUCCAGAGCAGUACCUUACUCCGCUACAGCAGAAAGAAGUGGCCAUUCGACACCUCAAGACCAAGCUUGGAGACUCUGAAAACACAGUUUGUGAUCGGGAGUCUGAGAUUGAGGAACUGAAAUCUCAACUGGGACGUAUGAGAGAGGACUGGAUUGAGGAGGAAUGUCACCGCGUUGAAGCUCAGCUGGCUCUUAAAGAAGCCCGCAAAGAGAUCAAACAACUGCGCCAAGUGGUGGAAACCAUGAAGAACAGCCUGAUGGAGAAGGACAAAGGCAUACAGAAGUACUUUAUUGAUAUAAACAUCCAAAACCGGAAGCUGGAGUCCUUGCUCCACAGCAUGGAGUUGGCGCAAAAUGGAUGCAACUUGCAAGAUGAGCCGACGCUGGAUUUUAUCUGCGAGUCUCCAGAAAGUUCUACCGAGGGGAAAAUGGAGAUGGAGCUGGAGCUACAUUGUGAGGAGCAAGCAGUGGAAGAAAUGGCGGAUAGUGAGCUGCUGAUCAACGAUGAGAUGGUCAACAGAGUGGAGAUUCUCAUGUCAACCGCAGUGGAUUCCAGCCAAGACGGAAGCACCAAGAUCAUCCCCCAACCAGGACUGUCCUGCUUGGAGCCGAGUGUUUCAGAAAAGAGCACCAAGGAGCAUGUCUCAAGCAUCCCAAUUGGUGCGGAAGAAAAAGGUAUUCAGACUGAUGAUGUGAUCUACAGCACUGAUCUCCAAACGCUGCUUUACCAACUGCUAAAGCUUCAGGGUGGUGGAUUUCCAGGCCUUCUCGUUCCUUCUCCCAACCAAUCCCAGGAUAUCUCUUCAGCACAGGCUCCCAAAAAGUCACAAAAGGAAGAGUUACCUGAAGCAAAUGACCAAGAUGUUGCCAUCAACACUGCCCAAAUCGUUCCCAGUGAUUCUGGUUUGUAUUUUUCCGAGCCUGAAGUGGGUCCAGAGUGUUUGGAGGAGCUGAAUUCGAAGAACAAGUCAGUGGUUGGGAAGAACCACUGGAGCAACAACUUCUUUGUGGAUUUGGUUGCUGUUGCUGCACCCGUCCUGCCAACCGUGGCUUGGCUUUAUUCGCAGCAUGGCUUGGUGGGAGGGGCUCCAGUCUACAACAUAGCCUCUUUGAUUCGAGGCUGUUGCGUUAUGGGAUUGCACUCGCUCCGCCAUGUGUCUCACGGGCCGGACACUUAGCGGCCCUCACCUACUUCUACAACAAGAGCACUUAAAUCUUCAUCUUCAAGUAGACAUUGUGUUUGUACACUCGUGAUUUAAUAAGCAUAGUUUCUGUUUAGUUGCGUCAUCCCUAUUUGCACUGUGUAUUUUUGCCACAAAGAAUGAAUUCAAGCGGAUAUCAAGGGACUUGUUUUGUCUUUUAUUUCUGUUAUUUAUUGACCUUUUCAUUUGUUUGUAUUUAUAAAUAUUUUUGCAUAAUCUGAUCAUCUUGGUAGGUGGUUAUGUUGCUCGAGUCUUGUUAUUUGCUGACUGCUAUUCCCUGCUUUUUAUAAAAGAGUCAAUGGGGGUUGACUGUCAGUUAGUUGCGACUUAUACUUUUUUGUUGUUGUUGUAUAGUUAAAGCAUCACUAGUGUUCCAAAAGAACUGAAACCUUCUGCCAAAGCUUCAUUGUGUUCAGCGUUUUGUGUUAAGUGAAACUGUGUUUCUCUCCUUUGGAGUUUAAAGCUUUUAUGUGUUUCCUGAAAAGCAACACUUGCCACAGUAAAGCGAACACUUGUUAUGUGCCUGAGCUAUGUGCAAUAUUUUUGUUAAUAUGAGAUGUAUAUCAUUAUAUUUAUUAUUAAAGCAUGGA